AUGGCGGCUAGUAAACCAAAAUAUUCAGGUGGUUCUCCUCAAGAACAUAUUCAGAUGUGUGAAAAACACAAAGAUUUUCCUGUCGAUAUGGUGUGUGAGGACUGUGAAGUUUUCAUUUGUUCCACAUGUGCCAAAUCAGACCACAAUGGACAUAAUUGGGUGACCCAGGGCGCAGCGGCCAGUCAAAUUAGAAAAGGACUCAUGGAGUACCUGAAGAAUAUAAAAGAACAGAAACUGCCGACAGUUGAUGAAAAGAUGACCAAAAAGAAGUCUGAAAACGAGAAUUCUUGUGAGAUACAUAUAAAACAGUUAAAAAGGAAUUUUGAUGAAUUUAUAUCCAGGUUAACAGAAAUCAAGAAUAACAAGGAAGAAGAACUGAAAGAUAAUCUCCGUAGGAAAAAUGAAAAUCUAGACAAGGAAAUAUCACAGUUUGUUGAUAAAAAGAACAAAAUAAUUCAAACCAUAGAACACAUGGAGGAGAACAACAACACUAUGUCUGAUAAAAGCUUAAUAGAAAACUGCAGAGAUCUGAUUCAUUUGCUUUCCGACGUUGACAAGGAACUAGAGGACUGUGACUAUUCCAUGAUCCUUAGGGAGUCGGAUGAUGAUGACAUAAUAGCGUUCAUAUUUGGUCAGUUUUUGGACUUAGAUGAUAUCACUGCCAUUGAAACAGAUUCGUUUCAAUAUAGUGUAAAUUCAGUUUUAAUAUUGGAGGCAUUAAGUGAUGAUAGGUGUCUACUAAUGGCUAAAGAUUCAAAAUACAUUAAAUUGGUCAACAAACAAGGGGAGAAGAAAAGCAUAUUUAGCUUUGGCGACGUUUGUAGUGAGUUUGAUUUUUGUGCAUUCAGUAAAAAUAUUUAUUUCACAACAGAAAACUCCAUUUGCAAACUUUGUUUAUCAGGAUCAAACUCAACUGUGUGCAGUACAGAUCCACUGAAACCACUGGGAAUUUGUGACUCAGAAAACGAUGGUUUUUUAGUAUCUUUGAUAGACUCUAAAUUCGAUGAUAUUGAUGAGAUAGACACAAGCUGUCGACGUUUAGUGGAACACUUGACACUGACCGGUGAUGUUAUCCGCGAAUAUGAGUUUCAGGAGGACGGUCAAACUCGACUGUUUACGGUUCCUUACAAACUCUGUCAAAAUAAGAACUCGGAUAUUUGCGUUGUGAAUAUGACUUCGGACAGCAAGGGCGAAGUUGUUAUUGUUUCAGUCUCUGGUCAUCAACGAUCUGUAUUCCGUGGGCAGAACCUAAAAGAUGACUUUUGGCCAACUGACAUUGUGUGUGACUCCAUCUGUAACAUUCUUGUUACUGAUCACCUUAACAGCAGGAUCCAUUUGUUGAGUCCCGACGGGAAAUUUUUGAAGUACCCUUUGACAGAAAAAGAAAUAGAAACCCCAUUAGCAUUAUCACUGUCCAAUCCUAAUCUGUGGGUAGGAAAUGAAGAUGGGCCAGUGAAAGUGUUUCAGUAUGAACAUUGA